CCCUAAUGUGUGCAGACUCUGGAACUGGAAGGCCGAAGAAAGAGAUCCAUCACUACAUUUACCCUGUUUUCAUGAUUUUCUCCAUAAUUUGCUUGUUGCUGACGCUGCUCGCGUUCGUUUUCACGCCCGAGAUGCGAAAUCUGCACGGAAAGAGCAUCGCGUGCCAGUCGUUCACCCUGAUGAUGGCCUACAUCGGCCUAACCAUCACCUACUUUUCUGGAACUGACAGCAACUUAGUUGUUUGCAAACUUUUCGCGUACAUGUCUUUUGGAUUUCUUUUGAGUUCCUUUUACUGGUUGAACACGAUGUGCUUUGACAUAUUUUGGACAUUCAGUGAUUUCAAGAAAAUGACCGGCUCCUUGAGCCAAAGUUCGAAUAAGAAAUUUCGGAUGUACGCAAUUUAUUCCACGCUCAUUCCGCUGAUCGUUAUAACCGUCACCAUCAUCCUCGACGCCGCGCUGGACGAAAAAUCUUUCAUGUGGCCGGGAAUCGGGAAAGUCAAGUGUUGGUUUAGAAAUAAAAAAACGGAAUUUAUAUUCUUCCACAGUCAUCUGUUGAUCAUGCUAUUGGCAAACACUGUCUUUUUUAUUUUGACCCUGGUUAAAAUCACGAACAUGAAACGUGAGGUGCAGGUUUUGAAAAGAGGAGACAGCAUGACCCACGCAGCAGGAGCAAGCUCUGCACUUGAGGACCGACAACGAUUUGUCUUGUAUGUAAAACUCUUCAUCUUGAUGGGCGGAACUUGGGUAUUGGAACUGAUUUCUUGGGCGGUGAAUAGUAAGCCCAAGUGGUUUUGGAUUCCGUUCGACGUCAUCAACUGCUCCAGAGGAAUCAUCAUCUUUAUUUUUUGCGUCGUGACGAACCAAAAAGUGCGCAAUUCUCUUCUUCGUCGCUUUUUACCGAAAUACGCGCCGGACCCGAGUUUGUAUGAGCCUCGGUCCUGCCAAUCGAAGAUGUCGGCCACCUCUGAAUUGUCCGACACACAUGACACCAUCUGCACAACGACUGCUCUUUGCAGCACCAAGAGCACAGACACCGAAUAAGUCUAGCAAUUUGAAAUACCAAUUUUUGGAAAACAAUACAUCUGGAUGGAGACUUGUUAUUUCCUUUCUGCGAUAGGGAAAUGUUUAGAUUGUAGUAACCGCAAGAAUUUUUAAACAGGAUUUUAAGCCACAUGUUAUUUAUUACAUACAUAAAAUAUCUUUUAUAUAAUUUUAAGUAACUUAUAUAUUCAAUAUAUUAUAAAAAUACAGGCGUAAAUGCGUAUUUUUUUGCCACUAUUGACUUAAGUUAAAACAUUAAAAUAGUUUUAAACACGACUUCUAUCAUGACAUAAAGCCAUUGCAUAUUUCAUCACUGCGCAGUCACCCGACAGAGCCGCGCAUGAUGGCCAUCCCUAGCAGAGUAUCUGCACGAAAGUUUUAGUGACUUGAAAUAUUAAAAAAAUGUCAAAAAACCAUACAAAAAAUGACGCUCACUUAAGCUGCCAAUGUUUACAAUUCGCUGCCAAGUGGCUCUGCGUCUCGUGCCCACGAUCAAUCAGUUUGUAUCUGCGCUGUGUGUUUUUGUGGGUGAAAAACAGUUUUAUUGAGUUGAUGAUUAUUUUGAUAGCGUGAAUGAGUUGUAAACUACUGAUUACUCCAUAUUUUAAUUUAAAUAUAUGCAUAAAAGAUUUUGUUUUGAUUUAUUAGAUGUAUUUUGUAUUUGGAUAUAAUGUGACUAAUUGGACGUGUAUUUGCUAGAUUGAUUUAUGUACAUGCUAAUAGCGCACAUAAAGAGAAAUUAAUUAAUUAAUGAUAAAAGAGGA